UCCCUCCUCCGCCUCCUCCCACCAUGAACACAUCCAUCUCAUCCUCUCCUCCUUUCCUCUCAUCCUCCUCCUUCCAUGCUCCCGUCCCCUCGCUCUUGCUGCUCCCAGCAUCGAUCCGUUGGCUCAUGCCGCUCGUGUGUGCGACAUUCCUCGCUCGUUCCUCUGCCCGUUGAGUCUUCCCCAUGUCUUGUACGUCUUUCCCCUGUCUGACUUUGAUUUGUUGGAUCCCUGUAAUGUCCACCUGCCGAUUCGUCUCUGCCGGAACUUCCCUGUGUCUCAAUCCCUAGACUUUUAGUCCAGCCUGCCUACCUCCGUGUCCUCAAAGUUUGCGAGCUUUCUCUGGAUGUAACUGAGUCUGUGACUUCGUGUCCUUCAACCUUGUUCAUUCUCAUGAUCACGUUGCCAAUGCUGCUCCUUGGCACUUGAAAGAUGUCCAUGGUUGACCUACUUUUUGCGCAGGUAACCACAGAGGUUGAAAUAUGGCCGAUAAGAUGAACGUCUCCUUCAACAAGCUCUUCGGCGACACUUUGUGCAGGAACGAACCUGGCAACGAGGUUGGAACCAAGCACGUCCUGGAGGGGAAGCAGUAUGUCGGAAUUCUGUUUGGCGCGUCGUGGUCGGGCUCCUGCAAGCAGUUCAUGCAGCCGCUGCAACAAGUCUACAAGAAGCUCAUCGAGGAGAAGGGAAAGUCGUUCGAGUUGGUGUACGUGCCUGCCACCGUCCCCGGCCGUCCAGAAGAAGACAAGGAGGCGUACAAGGAGCUGCUGGCCAUGGCGUCCUGGCUUGCUGUGCCUCUCCACAGGAAGUCGGUGCACAAGAAGCUCACCCGCAGGUUUCAAGUGCGACAGAUCCCCAUGCUGGUGCUGCUGGACAGCAACGGCUCGACGGUUCACCGGGACAUCACUCCUGCCGUCACCCACAUCGUCGAGGAUGCCGACGGCGACUCUUUCGCUGACCAGUUUCCAUGGGCUGAGAAGAGGAAUACCAACGUGAAGGAGAUGCUGGGAGACGUGUUUGUCAAGGGCGAUGGGUCUCAGGUCUCAGUCAAGGAGCUGGACGGCAAGCACGUCGGCAUCUUGUUCUCGAUGGGUUGGCAUUACCAGUGCAAGGGGUUCCAUCAGAUGCUGGACUACAUGUACGAGAAGCUCAAGGAGCAGGGCAAGGCGUUCGAAGUGAUCGACAUGGAUUUCUCUCCGAACGUGCCAUGGCUGUGCAUGCCACAAACAGCCCACGAGGCGAAGCAGAAGCUCGGAGAGGCGUUCCGCAUCGAGAAAGUUCCUUCCAUGGUCGUCAUCGACCCAGACGGCAACGUCGUGACGACCGAGGGCGUCGAGAUCGUCAACAAGGACACGGACGGAGAUUGCUUCCCCUGGACCCCGAAGCCCCUCUACGACCUCUCCACGCUCGAGCCUGAGAUCCUAGGAGAGAUGAACGAUACCGUCACGUGCGUCCUCCUCUGCGAAGGCUGCGACGAGGCGACCAAGGCAGCGAUGGCGGAGGCAAUGCUGCCUGUGGCGGAGGAGGCCUUCUGCGCUGCCAAGAUGAGCGGGUGCGAAGCUGGAAUGCUCUUCUUCACUGCCACGGAGACGAGCGACGUCGUUUACCAGCUGCGCCUCUCCUGCGAGCUCAACGAGCCGACCAGCACCCCCCAGCUGGUGAUCCUCGACAUUCCCGACUCGGGGGCGUACUACGUGUUCGAUGGGGACGACCUGAGCACGGAGAACAUCCGGCAGUUCAUCGAGGACUACGACAACGAGCGGCUGGAGAGGAAGGAGCUGCAAGAGGACGAGGAGGAAGCCGGUGAGGGCCAGUAGAGGAUGAACAAGUUUAACAUAUCAGAUAUGUGCCGUGGCAGUCGAUUCUAAAGGUUCUUAUAUGCUCC